CGUCCGCGGUUAGCUAGGACGCGCUGCAAAGGGCAGACGAGCAUUGUGAAGAAGACCAGGAGAUUAACACAAAGAUCGAAACACACAUCAGCGAUUCUAAGGGAUGAACUGUGCUUCGGAAAUGCCAGUCUACUUCAGCCUACGAGAUUUCACCUACGGAGGAAACUCAACAAACACCACUUGAAAGUCGGCUUUACGGUUUUCUUUAGCUCUCAUCUGCGCGCGAUCCGGCAGUUGCGUGGUGCAAUGCCAUUCCCGUACCCCGUGUGGCCUGGAGACCGCAGGCGCCACCGACUUUACACCCUCCAGGAGCGCUCCGGGGGGACGACCCCAAUUUGAGGGAAAGUUAUGCUGGCGCCUGGCAACCCGAGCGAGUAAGUGCUUCGCUUCCCUGGGAACUCAAAAAGGAAAAGCUGCUCGUGAUCUAGGGACCGAGUUCUCAACCGGAAGUUUUGCCUUGCGGCACGAGCACUUCCUGUUUGGUAACUAAGGGCGCGGGACGGUUGCUAGGGCUGCGGUGGUAAUUACAGGGGAGCUUGGCGGGUGCGGGGGAUUGCCUCGCGUGCUGCUGCCGGGCUCGACGAGCAAGCGGAUCUUUCCUCCACAGCCUGUCAGAGGUCCCCUCUCGUUUGCCAUCAUGAGUAGCGAAUUCUUGGCGGAGCUGCAUUGGGACGAUGGGUUUGCUAUCCCGGUGGCAAAUGAGGAGAACAAGAUACUGGAAGAUCAGUUGUCAAAGCUGCAGGAGGAAAGGUCAAGCUUGCAAGAUCAGCUACGUGACUAUGAAGAUCGAAUUAAUGCUAUGACUGCUCACUUCAAAAAUGUUAAGCAAGAAUUUUCAUUUACACAGUCUCUUUGUAAAGCCAGGGAGCAUGAGAUUGAAAGUGAAGAGCAUUUUAGGAUCAUUGCUGAAAGAGAACUGGGACGAGUGAAGGAUGAAAUCCAACGACUGGAAAAUGAAAUGGCUUCAAUACAGGAAAAGAAAAGUGAUAAGGAAAAUAACAUAUUUAAAACUACUCAAAAAUUGGAUGGUUUGAAAUGUCAAAUGAACUGGGACCAGCAAGCAUUGGAAGCCUGGUUAGAAGAAUCAGCUCAUAAAGAUAGUGAUGCCCUCACUCUUCAGAAGUAUGCACAACAAGAUGAUAAUAAAAUUAGGGCACUGACCCUGCAAUUAGAAAGACUGACUUUGGAAUGUAAUCAGAGAAGAAAGGUACUUGACAACGAACUUACGGAGACUCUAAGUGCACAGUUAGAAUUGGAUAAAGCAGCACAAGAUUUUCGUAAGAUUCAUAAUGAAAGACAAGAACUCAUUAAACAGUGGGAGAACACAAUAGAGCAGAUGCAGAAGAGAGAUCGAGACAUUGAUAAUGGUGCCUUGGCAUUAGCAAGGAUAAAGCAGGAAAUAAGAGAAAAAGAAAAUUUGGUUAAAGAAAAGAUCAAGUUUUUGGAAAGUGAAAUUUGGAAUAACACAGAGUAUGAGAAAAAAAUUUCUGUUGCUGAUCGUAAACUUUUAAAAUGUAGAACGGAGUAUCAACGUCAUGAAACUAACAGAAAUCAGCUGAAAGAUGAGCUGGAUUCUUUAAAAGCCACUGUGAAUAGAAGUUCCAGUGAUUUAGAAGCUAUGAGGAAAAAUAUUUCCAAAAUAAAGAAGGACAUUCAUGAAGAAGCAGCAAGGUUACAGAAAAUUAAAAAUCAUAAUCAGAUUGUAAAAAAAAAAUUAAAGCAGAUAACUGAGAAAACAAUGUCUGUAGAAGAAAAAGCUACCAAUUUGGAAGAUAUGCUAAGGGAGGAGGAAAAAAGUGUAAAGGAAGUGGAAGUUCAAUUGAACAUAGUGAAAGAUGUGCUAUUUAAGAAAGUUCAGGAAUUACAGACUGAGACAAUGAAAGAAAAAGCUGUUGUAUCAGAAAUUGAAGGAACUCGUUCCUCUCUAAAGCACCUCAACCAUCAGUUACAUAAACUGGAUUUUGAAACCUUGAAACAGCAAGAAAUUAUGUACAGUCAGGAUUUUUACAUUCAACAAGUGGAACGCCGAAUGUCUCGGUUAAAAGGAGAAAUUAAUUCAGAAGAAAAACAAGCCCUUGAAACAAAAAUUGUUGAACUUAAAAAGACAUUGGAAGAGAAAAAAUCUACAUGUGGCCUUUUGGAAACACAGAUCAAGAAGCUUCAUAAUGAUCUUUAUUUUAUCAAGAAGUCAAACAGUAAAAAUUGUGAUGAAAAACAGUUCCUCAUGACCAAAAUAAAUGAACUAAACCUUUUCAGUGACAGAUCAGAGAAAGAACUUAAUAAAACCAAAGCUUUGAAACAGGAUUUGAUGAUAGAAGACAAUCUUUUAAAACUUGAAGUUAAACGUGCUAGAGAAAUGCUUCACAGUAAGGCAGAAGAAGUACUUUCUCUGGAAAAAAGAAAACAGCAAUUACACACAGCUAUGGAAGAACGAAUUGAAGAAAUUAAAGUUCACAAAACAAUGCUUGCUUCACAAAUAAGAUAUGUUGAGCAAGAACGGCAGAACAUAAGUGCUGAGUUUCAUGAGAGGCUAAGUAAAAUUGAUAAGCUGAAGAAUAGAUAUGAAAUUCUUACUGUUGUAAUGCUGCCUCCUGAAGGAGAAGAGGAGAAAACACAGGCCUAUUAUGUGAUAAAGGCUGCUCAAGAAAAAGAAGAACUUCAAAGGGAAGGUGACAGUUUGGAUGCUAAGAUCAACAAAGCUGAAAAAGAAAUCUAUGCUCUAGAAAACACCUUGCAAGUGCUGAGAAGUUGCAACAACAAUUACAAACAAUCUUUUAAAAAAGUGACUCCAUCUAGUGAUGAGUAUGAACAAAAAAUCCAACUAGAAGAACAAAAAAGAGCUAUUGAUGAAAAAUACAGAUACAAACAAAGACAAAUCAGGGAACUACAGGAAGAUAUCCAGAGCAUGAAAAAUACUUUAGAAGUUAUAGAACAUUUAACAAAUAAUGUCAAAGAAAAAUUAUCAGAGAAGCAGGCUUAUUCAUCUCAACUAAAUAGAGAAACUGAGGAGCAGAAGCCAAAAUUAGAGAGAGUAAUUAAACAGUGUGCAAAACUCACCAAGGAAAUCCGACUUUUGAAAGACACAAAAGAUGAAACACUAGAAGAAAAAGAUAUCAAACUUCGUGAAGUGAAACAUUUCCACAAGAUCAUUGAUGAAAUGCUAGUUGAUGUCACAGAAGAAAAUGCUGAGAUCCGUAUUAUCCUUCAAACAUACUUUCAACAGAAUGGUUUAGAACUACCUACAGCUGGUACAAAAGGCAGUCGCCAGAGUUCUAGAUCUGCUUCACAGACUUCACUGUUAUCAACAAGGUCAUCCAGAAGUUCCACAAGUACUGCCUCUCAGACUUCAAUUAAAGUAUUAGAGCUGAACUUCCCAGCCUCCUCUUCAGGGACUGGCAAUAUUUCUAGGCCACCAAGUGCGACCAGUAGCUCCAGUAAUGGUAAAAACAAAAAGGGCCGCAAAUAAACAUUUAAUUUCUUUUGUGUAAGUUAUAAACACAAAACCAAAAAUCUUACUUUUAAGAUAGUGAAUUCCACCCUAUGCUUUUGGGUGCUGUGUAGUGAUAUGAGAGAGGCCCACUGAAAUCGUGUUAGAAAUAUGCCAUAACUAGACGGAAGUUUACCCUGUGGAAAAUGUGAAAACUGAGUUAAAAAGUCAAGCAAUUUAGGUUCAGAUAAGCCAAAGAAAUGCUUAAUUUUCUUAGCUUUUGCCAUACUGUUUUCUUCACAGAGAAGGAAAGCAGUAAUAGCAGAUUCUUUAACAAGGCUACAUGUUUUAUAAGCACAGAGAAAAUGAUGCUUUUCACUGUUAUUUUGAUGUUUGUUAAAUUAGAAAACCGUUUGCUUCAGUAUUUCACGCUAGCCAUGAAACUACUUCAAUUCUAAUUUAACACAUUCAGGAAAUUUCUAAAGAUUCACUGUCCUUUGAAUAGUUUAUAAUACUAAAAUUCUCAUUUACCCUAGAAAAUCCUAAAAUUAGGUUUGCUUUAGUCAAAGAAACAUAUUUCUUGGACUUCUGGGGGAGAAGUCUAUUAGUUUCUUCUUUUGGUAUGAUUCUAAAAUUUUUAACCAAAAAAUAGCAUUUAUUCCCUACCCCCCCAAAAAAUUAAUAGGAAAGAGCACUGCAUAUCAAUAAGAAUGCAGCUGAACUUUCUAGGAAUUACUCAACUCUGAUCUUGAAAGAAGUCGAACACAUUAAACAUUUUGUUUUCAAGAAUAAGAAUGUACUUUCAAGACUUUUCUUCCCCCAAGACCUUCUUGAUGUAGUAGACAAAGAGCUAGGUGUGAUUUGAUUUGCAACAGGAAUCCCAUAAAUUCAGUGGAAGUAGACCACCAGAUUUAGAAUGUUAUUCCAUUUAAUACCUUAUUGUAGAACAUGAGCCCAAUAUUUUCAACUCUUGUAAGAGUGUGGAGUAUGAUUAUAAAACUGGCUUUUAAAUACUUAGCUAUAUACUUAGAAACUAUAUACUUAUUUCUCCUUCAAACCUUGAAUUUGUCACAACUGUUGUCAUUGUUUAGAAGUGUCAUUUACAGUUCCUUCUGAAAGGUAGUAGUGGCAGUAAACCUGUUUUUCCUGAUUAUUUAAAUAUUUUAUUAUUGUUUUUAGAAAUAGCCAGCAAAUGGUAUAGCCAAGUCCAGUGAGUAAUUUUUUUGUAAAACAAGAUUCUAAAUGCAUGAGAUUUAGAAGAUCUAAAAACUGAUUAAUUUUAUGCUCACUUUGUGUGUUCACUGAAGGUCUUAUUCUCUUCCCUGCAUUACUUUGUAAAUUACUUGGAACUUGCAAUUCAAUAUUAAACACUGUUCUACGGAGGCAGGGAUUGUCUUACUGGCUCUAUGUCCUUAGGAAAGUUCCUUCUCUAUGCUUUUUUCCUUAUUUGUAAUACUGAGACAGUAAGAGUUACUUACACAAGUUUACUGAAAUAAUCAAAUAUAUAAAAGGAGACUUAGGAACUGCACAAUAGCUUCUGCCUAUUAUUGAGUCACCACCCAAAGGCUAGCACAAUAUUUGUGGAAUGGUUAGGUUCUAGGCCAGUAUACAAGUCUGUAUUUAACUCUAUUAAAUAAAC